AAAGAAACAAGUUCGUCGCCCUUCAAAAGGCAACGAAUGACGACUGUUAGCUAUGGACGUGGCGAGUUCUCUACUCCCUCAGAUGACUGCAUAAUCUUCGAUGAUUCAUUCAGUUCCUGCUCAAGUCCCGAAAAUGUCAGGAGUUUUUCCUUUUAGCUCAAAUGCCAGUGACAUAAACAAUCACGAAUUUGCUGAAGUAUACCCAGAAGUUUACUCAUUAUUGGAUGAUAGUAUUGAUGCCAAUACCUCAAAUGCUGACAGUGAAGAUGAAAAGCCCAGGAGUUUGCCACAAAGUAACUGCCACAAAGAAACUGGAAAAGGCUACCAGGACAUUUUUGAAGGAGAGAUACGACUAUCUUAUCAGUCAUUGAUAGCAGAGUUUAAUAUUGUUUUGUAAAAUACAGUAGACUCUCGCUAAAUUAAACUCUGAAAGAAAAGGAAAAUUUAGUUCAAGUUAGCGGGGAGUUCGAGUAAGCAAGGUCGAAGAAACGUGGUUUUGAGUCAUAACCAACUCAAGGGGAACAGGACUUGCUUCGAAAUAGCGGGAGGAUUAGAGUUAUUCUAGUUCGAUUUAACUAGGUUCUACUGUAUGUCGUGUAUUUUGAGAAUGCAUUUCACUCUACAUGUAGUUUGUCCAUAUACCUUGCCCAUUUUACCCUUUACCUCAAUUUAAAAGUUUUGUUUUAGUUUAUAGUAUUUAUUCGAAGAGUUAAAUAGGCCAUAAAUAAUCGUAUGAUAUUAUAAGUAUAUCAUAUGAAUGAUAUAUUAUAUGUAAAUAAAUUAUGCAGUUCGAAGAAUAACAAUGUUUUUUGAGGGUUAUGUCUUUAGGGGAAAGAAUUUCCGUGCCAAAGCGUGAUGAUUGUUUUUUUGGCCAGAAUUUCCGUGGCAAGGCACGAUGCUUUUGGGGGCCAGAAUUUCCGUCGUAAGGCGCGAUGUUUUUUGGGGGCCAGAAUUUCCGUGGUAAGGCGCGAUGUUUUUCGGGGGCCAGAAUUUCCGUGGUAAGGCGCGAUGUUUUUUGAAGGCCAGAAUUUCCGUGGUAAGGCGCGAUGUUUUGGGGGGCCAGAAUUUCCGUGGUAAGGCGCGAUGCUUUUGGGGGCCAGAUUUUCCGUGGCAAGGCACGAUGUUUUGGGGGGCCAGAAUUUCCGUGGUAAGGCGCGUACUUUUGGGGGCCAGAAUUUCCGUGGCAAGGCACGAUGUUUUUGGUGGCCAGAAUUUCCGUGGUAAGGCGCGAUGUUUUUUGGGGCCAGAAUUUCCGUGGUAAGAUGCGAAGUUUUUUGGGGGCUAGAAUUUCCGUGGCAAGGCGUGGGAUUUCAGGGGGUCAAAAUUACCGUGGCAAAGCGCAAUGUUUUUUUGGUCCAGAAUUUCAUGGCAUGGCUUUUUAACUAUAAAAUGUAUGACAUGGAUUUCGGUCAAAUUAAAGCUUUUUUAUGUUAAAUUAAAGAGGCACCGCCAAAAUUGAGCAAAAUUUAAAUUUUUACCCGAUCGCCCGUAAAAAUGGUCAAGAUAUCCAUAUAAAGAGCUAAAUGAGAAUAAUUCAAAAUGUUUGAGAAUACGUUACAUGCAAGAAGAGCUCAAAUACCGCCGAUACUACGAUAAUUCAAGGAGAGCUGCUUUUUACUGAAAAUGCAUAGAAACGUGAUGUACUAGUGCGUAAUUGCAACUUACAUCAAUUUACUUACCGCUAUAAAAUAACUACUGGUGCAUGUAAGGAUCCGCAUGUAGACCAACGAGUUGCACGCUUGAUUGUACUUGUAUCCCGACCUGUAUUCCGAUAGCCUACUAAUCUAGUAGUUAGUCUUUAACCGCACGUUUUACCAUUAAUUUCGUGAAUAAAGACCGAAGGGAAGAAAAGAACGAUGACGCAGUAUCGUGGGGAAUCCCCUGACCUGAUACUAUUUUUAUCAUGCUCGAAUCCACGAUUCCUUAGGCCCCACGAGCGCAUGCUCCACAGAGCGGCAAAAAGAAUCAGCCAAUCAGCGUUCACUUUCCAAAUACUGGAAAGUUGACCUUGGCUGUUCGCGGGAAAAAAUUCAAGAUGGCGAACGAUCUCAGCUCUGUGUUCCGUCUUGUGUCAAAGAAAUUCCGAAUUGCGGCCUUGAAUAGCCAUCAAAAGGAGGCUAUUGAGGAGUUCACCAAGGGUGAAGCGGAUUUGUUUAUUAAUUUGCCGACUGGCUAUGGAAAGUCGCUGAUUUACCAAGCUAUGCCGCUAGUCUUCGACGAUAUUCGAAGGAAGUCAGGGCACGUUGUUGUUGUUGUCUCCUCUUGUGUGUUUAAUGGACGACCACGUGGAUUAUUUACGAAGCAUCGGUGUAAGUUCUGUGAGUCUCAGCAAUCUAAAAGAGGGAGAAGCUGGUAAAGUAAAGAACGGAGAGUAUUCCGUGAUAUAUGGAAGCCCAGAAUCAUGGUUGAAAAACCAGCGAUGGAGGGAGCUGCUUUCUAGCGCGUUGUUCAAGGAAAAACUAUGUUGCAUAGCCGUUGAUGAAGCGCAUGUAAUCAAGCAAUGGGGGACUUCAUCUACAAAUAAGAUGGUGGCAUUUAGAACAAUAUAUUCAGAGCUUCAUGAGUUGAGAACCCUCGCUGCUGGUGCAAAAGUAAUUGCUUUGACAGCAACAGCAACGCUGUCAACAAAAGAAACAAUUACAGAUGUACUUAGAAUGCAAGACUUCAUAGAAAUAAAUGAAAAUCCCAAUAAGAAGAACAUUACCUAUAUUGUCAAGUAUUUAAGUAACUCAAUGGAUGCUAAAGAAAGUUUUAAAUGGUUGGUGAAUGAAAUCAAUGAAAGAAAAGAUGGUGGAGAUAAAACAAUCAUCUACUGCCAAACAAUAAAACAGUGUUCUUUGGUGUAUGGCACCCUGAGAUCUAUGUUGAUAGAGUUGGUUGCUAAUGGAAAACCAAAACUUGAAAUGCUUCAUUCCUGUACUCCAAAACAAAAUAAGGAUGCAAUAUUAGAGUCAUUCAAAAGACUGGAUGGUCAUGUGCAAGUCUUGGUGGCAACCAUAGCAUUCGGCAUGGGAAUAGACUGUAAAGGUGUCCACCGCACAAUACACUUUGGCCCCUCAAAAAACUGUGAGGCCUUUAUCCAAGAGAAUGGUCGUGCUGGAAGAGAUGGGAAGUCUAGUUUUUCUUAUCUUUUGUACAAAGGCAUUAUGCUGAAUCAUGUGGAAAGGGACAUAAAAUAAUACGUCAAAGCUACAACCUGCAGGAGACAGAUGCUUAUGAAACAUUUUAGCAAGAACCAUAUUGUAUUUUCUGGAGACCUCCAUGCUUGCUGUGAUAAUUGUGCUAAAGCUUGUGAAUGUGGUAGUGAAAAUUGUGAAAGUUACACUGAUUUCAUGGUUACGUAGACAGGUAUUGCAUCAGAAGAGAAAAGGCAUUCUGUUAGUGAAGACCAGAAAAAAGAACUCUCAGGAUUACUCAAAAAGUACCACAAGAAACUAUUAAUGGAUCUGGUACGAAAGUCAGCACAUGGCAUGGUCCAAAGUCUGAUUAGCAUAAAUUCUCUUCUGGGGUUUGGAGAAACACAAAUCGACCAGGUGCUAGAAAACUGUGAAACUUUAUUUUCUUUUGAGGAUGUCACAGAUAAGAUUGAAAUAUGGAACAUCUGUCAUGCAUGGUAGAUAUGAGACUGGGCACUAGCGAUGAUGAAUUAGAUGACGAAGUAAUUGGAGAAUGGGCUGCUCUAGCUGAGGACGAAGAGCUCUUUGCCUUGAUGGCAGACAAUUUAUCUUGGUCUGCAUUAGAGAGCACAGUAAAUGAGUCAACCCACAUGCAGUCAUCUGACUCUUCUGGCUUAUCACCUGCUGCUCUGACUGCACUUACAAAUCUAAGUAUAGAGUAGAAAAAAUGUAUACCACCAGUAGGUGUAUGACACGGCUUAUGUUAUUCUUGUCAGAGCUGGGUAUCAAGUGAAGGGAAAAAGCAGAAAAAUCUGUAACGCAACUUUUACAUUUAAGAUUCAUUGGCAUAUAACAAAUUGCAAUACAGACACUUAGAGCGGCAAAAACUUAACAGAACACAGUAAGCGAUUCUGGAGGUGACUUUAAAAACUCGAAUUAAUUUUAUAGUGUGUAUGACCUCAACAAUAGCUGUUUUGGCCCACAGCACACUAAUUGCUCUACUCUUUAGUUUGCAUUGCAAACAAGAAAAAGACCCAGGAGGACAGUGUCUAAACAGUACUUCCACAUUUUCUCUGCAGUUUAGAGCAUAGUAAAGACUUAAUUUUUUCCACGAUGCUGUGUGGCACACUUAAUGAGCUUUUAUUAUAAAUUCUUUAAAUUUGGAGUUGUUAAAGUUGUACUGUAUACACAUUCAGACAAUAUCUUAUGUUUGUAUAAGUAUUCAGUAGUCUAUUAUUCGUAGUCCCACUAGAUGUGAUGAUAUACUAAUGUCUACUAAUGAGAGUAAAACAUGUCAACCAA